CCCCUUGUUUUCCCCAUCUCUCGUCUCUGCUCUUUAUCUUGUUGUUAUUAUCUCUUCAGCUAGAAAACUAUGGACAAAAAAAGAGUAAAAAAAAAAAAAAAAGAAGAAAAGAACUUUUAGUUGUCUUAUCUUCCUCUUCUUUCUGCUCUCUGAACCAUAUCAACCACACGUGUAUAUAUAGGUGAAGACUCAGCUUUGACUCUCCAAACUAAACACGCGCUUAGAAAUAGAGAGAGUGCUCUGUAAUCCCACUCUUCAUUCUUCUCUAACACCGUUUUCUUGAUACUAAUCUCUAAAUUUCUCUUCUUUUAAACCACCAUGAAAAAGCUUAGAGGUUUCAGGCUUGGGCGCAGGCUUGUCAGAGUCUUCAAAUGGAUAAUCCGAUCCAGGAGAAAACCUACCCCUCGUUCCUCUUUCUUGGACCAAACAACUCGCUCCCUCAAUCCUUUCUCCAAAAUCUUGGCCUUAGCUCGUAACUUAAGACAUAAAGCUUCUCCUUCUGCAAAUUCAAAUCGGGGGUAUAUCCGGCUGGGUCAGGCGAAACCGACGGAGGUGCCCAAGGGACACUUGGCGGUCUACGUGGGAGAAUCAAAUGGUGACACGAGGAGGGAGGUGGUGCCUGUGAUAUACUUCAAUCAUCCGCUGUUUGGGGAGCUGUUGAAGGAUGCAGAGCGGGUGUACGGAUACAAUCAUCCGGGUGGAAUAAAAAUUCCGUGUGGGUAUUCGGAGUUUGAGAAGGUGAAGAGGAGAGUUGCAGCAUGGGGUAAUUGCCAUAACAGAAGCGGGAAGCAACAAUAAAAGUAUUGGUGAUGUGACAACAAAUUUCAAUUUUUCCCCCUUCUUUUAGGAAAUUAUGAUCAAUACUUGUAGGAGAACCAAAUCAGCAAUUUCUUUGCUCACGAAGGAUAGUCUCAUCAAUUAAGAAUUCAACUUUUACCAUCUACGGUUUAAUAUUGUAAAUUUUCAGUAGUUUAUAAGUAAUAUUUAGCAUUUUUUUUUUCA